UACAUUUUAGCUAAUAUACUAGAACGAAUGCUACGCAUUUUUGGCGAGCAAGCACGAACAGUUAAAUAUACUUCCCAUAAAUACUUAGAAUUAUGUCUAAUGAAAUCACUAGUCGAACAUGAGCAUGCGCGCGAAACCAUGAAAUUGCUCGUCAUACAAGCAAUGAAGGGUGCGGUCCUGUGGGUGUGGGGCCAUUGCGAUCGGUCUUGUCGGGAUCAUCGCGAUCGGUAGUGUUCCUUAUGGCUGCUGGUUCUAUAUUAUGCGUUCUGUGGAGCGCCGUAGCUCUGGCUGUUGUGACGACAUCAGUUGUGUAUGGUGACGAGUGUGACAUAAAUAAUCCGUCAGUCUCUGUUUCAGUAAAGGAUAGCGAAACCAUUUGUCCGUUUCACCCAAUUACUCUGCGCUGUGUCGUAAACACCACUCUGAGCGACCAAACAACGCCUUUUCUCUCGUGGAAGUGUGCUGAAAACAGUCAAGGUGGACAUGCUGUUUUCUGUGAUACUAUCCUGAACUUUGACUGUGGUUUUGGGAUAGUUGAAAAUGUGACUGGGUCCUGCGAGUGUAAUGAUGCCCUCAUAGUGUCUGAGGCUACCUUCACUGCCAAGUCUACCGAUGCCAGAACCCUCAUUUGCAGUGAUGGAACACAAGAAGAAAAAGUUUCUCUUAUUGCGCAAGCUUUGCACACACCUGUCCUCAGCUAUAUCGAGAUGCCUGGUGACAAAAAAAUUCGGAAUGUGACAAUCAAGUGGACAACACCUGAUGGUACUAAGAAUGACAUUGAAUAUCAUCUCUCAGUCAAAAACUCCACCCACACUACAACCUGGACCACGAAAGUGCCACAAGUGAAUCAAAGUUUAACUGUUGGGACUCGUUACACUGCCACUGUAUUUUCUCAACGCUGUGAUGGUACCGUUAAAAGCAAUGUUAGUGACCCUCUCGACAUCUUCCUGAAAGAAUAUCCAACAAGUAUAAAUCCAAGUACAACAAGUAUUAAUCCAAGACAGACAUCAGCAGCUGUUGAACCGAAAGAAUCUGAAUCUGGAGUUGUGGGUGGUACAGUUGCCGCAGCUGUGUUUGUUAUAGCUUCUGUUGUAGUAAUUACCAUUCUGGUUUGUUUAAUAAGAAGAUAUCUAAAAGCUGUGCCUGUAAUGCAGUGUGGCUUGUCUGAGAGAAUUCAGGACUGUCUAAUUGGAGAAGAUAUACCAUUGGAUGAGGUAUAAAAUGUGCUCAAGUUAUUUGUGGAAAACCAUAACUAAUAAGAGCUCGAGUGUGUCAUGGAUAUGCAAAGAUAUAGGGAUGGUGUCAUGUAGCUUUGUCUAUCUUUGCUGUGUAUUAUGACCCCUUGUAUCUUCCUUUUUGGUGCUUGCAGCCAUCCCUAUAUAUAC